GGUACUGUCCGUGUCCGGCGCGGGAAAAUUCCAUAACCAAAAUGGCGUCCGUCGAAGCAGGCCGCCGUGGGACCAAGCGCAAAACCCGGGAUGAGGAGGAGAAGCCCACCAAGGAGGCAAAAGGGGAAGAGGCGCCUUUGCUGGAGGGUCAAAAAGUGAUCAUUGAACACUGCAAGAGCUGACGAGUAUAUGGGCGUAAUGCUGAGGGCGUUAAAUCUGCCCUGCUGGCUGCACGCCCUCAACUCACUGUGGUCCUCAACCCGGAGAAGCCUCGCAGGAACAGCUUCGAGAUCAUUUUGGUUGACGGAGGCAAAGAAACAUCUCUCUGGACGGGACUAAAGAAAGGUCCGCCCCGUAAACUCAAGUUUCCUGACCCUGAUGCCAUUGCUGCUGCACUUCAGGAGGCUCUAAGCACCGAGUAGAGAAGAUGAGAAUCAGCACGGCCGAGGCGUGGACCUGAUCGUCGAUGGCAUGAGACCUGAGGGAGCAAAAAUGAAGAGGAGAGACCAAACUGGAUGCCCAGAGUCUCUCCUCUGAUGGACCAAGCUCCUGCAGAUCCGGUCUUUGAAGGAAUGGUGACCUCUAGUGGAAGACUUUGGAGAAUGUACAGUACUCCCUCUAGUUUGGCUGGUCACUUGUUUCUAGGAUCAUUGGGAUUGUACAUGUUGAAGGUGGAAUUACUUUUGUUGUGUUGUUGAUUUGUUCAAGCAUUCAGUUGGGGAUCUGGAAUAAAUAUUUACAAAAUGAAUACAAA